AUGAGUUCCGAUAUUAAUGGGCAUGAUUUAUAUGCGGAAUUGAAAGUUUUAAAAAGUUAUAUGCCUGCCGACACCGGUAAAGCAAUUGAAGUAUUGAAUUUCUUAAAAGAUAUGGAAGGUUGCUAUCCGAAUGCAUUUAUAGCGUACCGAAUCUUAUUGACAAUUCCAGUUACAGUCGCCUCGGCCGAACGAAGUUUUUCGAAGUUGAAGUUAAUCAAGAAUUAUCUUCGGUCGACGAUGUCACAAGAAAAGUUGAAUGGGUUAUCAAUGUUAUCUAUUGAGAUUGAGAUAUUGCGGGUUUUAGUGCUGGCACUGGAGAGCUACUUGGAAACCAGUCACCAGGGGACGGUGCCCCCUGCGGCACCGUCUAGGGUGGCUGGGGGGCCAACAAACUCCACUUCGAGUUCUGGUAUUUUUUAUCAAGGAGACGGGCAAGGGCAACAGCAUCAAUCAAUAGUGAAGGGACAGUUAAAUUCAUCUUUUGGGAACUCUUCGUGUUCGGGAGCUGGGCGUGGUACAACUUUGUGUUCAGUUUCUGGGGAUAUGAACCGUACAGCGAACUCAGGACCAAGUGUUGGGGCGAGUUCGUUAGUUACAGACGCUAAUUCUACUCACUCUGGAGGACCUCGUCUUCAGAGAAGUGCCAGCAUAAAUACAGAGUCGUAUAUGAGGUUACCUGCCUCACCAUUGUCAUUUUCGUCUAAUAAUAUUAGCAUUUCGGGUUCUUCAGUGAUGGAUGCUUCUUCGGUUCAUCAAAACUCUCAUCAAGAUCAGAACUCCCAGCAAGUGCAGCAAAGGCAGCAUGGGGGUUCUAGUGCUACAUCUCAACCAUCAUCGCGACCCAACCAUAUUCCUCAAAUGCUUGGCCCUUUGGGUCAGGAGCCAAAUAACUACUCACAAAUGAAUAAGAAGCCUAGGCUUGGGAUUGGGAUCAAGCAAGAAGAUAUUUAUCCGCAGUUGCAAACCUUACUUCAACAGCAGAGGAUCAUGCAGCAGCGGCAACAACAGCCACAACAUAUACUGCAGUCUCUGCCUCAGAUUCAGAGGGCCCAGAUGCAGCAGCAGUUGCAGCAGCAACAGUUAAGGCAACAAGUGCAACAGGGUAUACAGCCACUUUCUGGAGUAAAACGCCCCUAUGAGAGUGGUGUAUGUGCUCGCCGGCUGAUGCAGUACAUAUAUCAUCAACGCCAUCGACCCCCUGAAAACACUAUUAUCUAUUGGAGAAAAUUUGUAGCGGAGUAUUUUGCUCCACGUGCCACCAGAAGGUGGUGUUUGUCAAUGUAUGAUAAUGUUGGAGUUCAUGCAUUGGGUGUUUUCCCCCAGGAAGCUAUGGAUGCAUGGCAAUGUGACAUUUGUGGUUGCAGAUCAGGAAGGGGGUUUGAGGCGACUGUGGAAGUAUUCCCCAGACUGAAUCAGAUCGAGUUUGAUAGUGGUGUGGUCGACGAGCUCUUAUUUGUAGACAUGCCACGGGAAUGUAGGUUUCCCUCAGGUAUAAUGAUGCUGGAAUAUGGAAAAGCAGUCCAGGAGAGUGUUUAUCAACAAUUUCGUGUUGUUCGUGAGGGCCAACUUCGUAUAAUAUUCACCCCUGAUUUGAAGAUAUUGAAAUGGGAGUUCUGUGCUAGGCGCCAUGAAGAACUGUUGUCUCGUAGACUGCUAGCGCCACAGGUGAAUCAAUUGGUUCAGGCAGCCCAAAAGUAUCAAAGUGCUGUCAGCGAAAGUGGAUCUACAGGUCUCUCACCUGAGGAUUUGCAUAGUCACUGCAAUGCUUUCACGGGGGCCUGGCGUCAGCUAGGAAAAGUUAUGGAGUUGCAGUCACUGAAUGACUUGGGAUUUUCAAAGAGAUAUGUUCGAUGCUUGCAGAUAUCAGAAGUCGUCAGUAGCAUGAAAGAUUUGAUAGAAUUCAGCCGUGAUAACAAGAUUGGACCUAUUGAUAGUUUAAAGAAUUAUCCUCGACAGACAACUGCUGCCAAAUAUCAGAUUCAAAAGAUGCAGGAAAUGGAGCAGCUGGCUACUGCUCAGGGUUUGCCAACGGACGCAAACACUCUGAACAAACUGUUGGCUAUGCAGUCUGGUGGCUUGAACAACCACAUGAACAAUGGAAACAAUAACCACAUGGUUGGAAACGGGAUUAUGAAUAGUCCAGCUCAAUCAGCAAUUGGAUUGAAUAAUUACCAAAAUUUGCUGAGACAGAGCUCAAUGAAUUCAAAUCGUAACACAUUCCAACAAGAAGCUUCUUGUUCUUCUGGCAUGUCAAACCAGGCGCAGCAGUCUGUGAUGUUUCAAGGUGCAGGUUCUUCACUUCAAGGAUCUCUUCAGAAUGGUCAAGCGAACAAUAUGCCAAGUCCUUUACAUAUGCAGAACCAUCUACAACAACAGCAGCAUCAGCGACAGAAUACAAAUAACCUGGUUCAACAGAGCAGCCCACAAUCCUCUUCUCAAGGAAAAUUAAGUGAGCAAAUGAUCCAGCAAUUGCUGGCAGAUAUGAUGAAUAACAAUGAUGUAAAGGUCCAGCAGCCUCCACAGCCGCAGAACUCCUCUGGUUUGGAUAAUGCAAAUGGAACAACUAUGAAUGAGCAUGCUUUAGAUGGUGUAAAUGGAAUAAAUGGUCCCACCGUAAGCGGUUCAGGUGCAGUUAAAGCUGGAAGUACAUGUUCUGUUGGAAAUCCAGUAGGGGGAUUUGGAAACAAUGCAGCCCCCUCAAGUGGUCGCAGUAUGGGUAGAAGUGAUAGUUUCAAAGGAACUGCCAACAGCAACAAUGGUCCCAUGGUCAGUGGUGGUGGUGCAAACAGCUUUGAGAAAAAAGUCUCUGAUAGUCAUUUAGAUUUUCCUGAUAUGAUCCAGGACAUAUCUAGUGAGUUUCCGAACUGUUGGGAUGACUAAUCUCAGGUUGUGCUAUCUAUAUUUGGCUGUUUUUAAGACGGCCUUCUUUUUUAUAAGGAUGACUUCAAAGAGAGAAGAAUUCUCACUGUACAGAACCCUUUCUAAACAGGCAGCCAGUAAUAGUUCAUCUGAGAAGCCUUCGACUAAUGUAUGCUGAGAACAGCUCUCUAUGGUUAAAAGUGUCGUUGUGUUGGGUAUGUUUAUUAGGGGAUUGGCAGUUUUGCAGUUGCGCCAUUUUCUAUUGGUCUUUCUUUAAGUGUAACCCUAGUUGCAAUUGACUCUGAUCAAACAUGUUUAAUCCAAGAAAUUUAAAGUAUAAUCUGUUACUGCCAAUGCAA